AUGGGAGGACAUCCCAAAGAAGCCGUAGGAACGGCAGCGGCGCCGUACGCAACGGUUGGCGCGGAACGAGAACCCGUCCCGCCGCACGGCGGGGUCGUCUUCGACGAAACGGGUUCGCGCCGCGCGGGAAGACCGGGAGGAUUGGUCCCCGCUGAUAUUCCCAUCCGGUCUGCAGGGCGAGCGCAAGGAAAUGGAAAUCGAAGGACGACAAGGACCAAGAGGGGCGGGGGGGACGCGAACGGCGGCGGCAGCAGGGAUAAGAGAGCCCAUCAUCACGGGGCCGCCCUCCUUCGGCGGAGAGUGAAGCGGCAGGAGUGCAUCGCCCGCGAGAACGAGAGGAUGGAGCGGCGGCUCAAGGUCAUCCGUGAGGCCGCCCCUAACCCCCGCGAGCCCCGCUGCUACAAGCGUGUGGGGAGAGCACCCUGUGUGCCCCGAGGUGGUGGCGCCGGCGGCGGCGCUGGCGUUGGUUUUUCGGAGCAGCCCCGCCACCGCCGCCGCCGUCGACAACGAAGCGACGGGCCUGUUGCCGAAGGACUACACGGGGACGCGCCGCCGCACGCCGCCGGUGUACGUAGUACCGUUGAAUCUGGCAACAAUCGACGACGGGGGGGGCACCAAGUAGCCGCAGGCUGCUGGGACAGCACAACACCGUCAGCGGGAAGUGGCGAAGCAGCGGCGGCGGGGAAGGUGACGGCUGGUUGGCGGGAAUUGUACGACGAGAGGGAGGCGUUGGCUUCGGCGGUGGAGGCCGCUGCGGCGGAGGCGGCAGCUGUGCGCGCACGGGUCGAGGCGCUGCGGGCCAAGACGCUGUGGACGGAGGCCAACGCCAGGAGGUCUUCUUUGAGCGUGGCUUCUCUGGAGAACGGUGCUCAUGGACGAUGUGCGAGUUCUCGAACGACAGGAAAGGAAGUCUCAGCUGUGGAAACGGCGAACUCUUCGGGCGCCGGCGUUGUGUUUGACCGGAGGACGUUGGAUAUUGACGGCGAUGGCGGCCUCGUGGAGGAAGGUUUGGCCGCCGAGCUGAGGCGGCAGGAGGAGCUGUACAAGGCCCUAGCCGAGUCGAGACGGCGAACGGUUGCGGCGGGAGAAGCGGCGAGACUGGCGCGAGAAGCGGACCUCAAAGAGCUGGACGAGCUGCGGUCCCGGCUCACCGAAGCGGAGGCCCGGCAGACGCGGCAUCAGUGGCGGAGAGAGAAUGAAACCGUCACCACCACGGCCCCCCCCAUAGGCGCUGCAGCCGCCGUGCCCCUCCGACGGCGAGAGUCGCCGCGCGAUGAUGAGCGCUCACCAACAAGGGCAGCUGGUGCUCGUGCUGCCGGAGCUGCUGCUGGUGGUGACGCCGCCCGUCUUGCGCUCGACGGAGUCAAAGAAGAUCGUGGCGGGGGCGGCGGAGGCGCGGGCGCCCUACCGAAAGAUGCCCUCGAGCGGGCCCAGGACCUCGCGCUGUCGUUGCGCGUGGAGGUCGAGACCCUCCGGCUGGAGGAAGCUUUGGGGGCGGGGACGGGGGCAGAUGUGAACGUGGCGGGGUUGGGGAGGGCUCCAAGCGACGCGCAGGAGGAGGUUAUCUGA